AUGGUCAGCUCCUGUUGUGGCUCCGUCUGCUCUGAGCAGGGCUGUGGCCAGGAGACCUGCUGCCGCCCCAGCUGCUGCCAGCCUGUGUGCAGCCAGCCCACCUGCUCUCCCUCUGGCUGCAGCGUGUCCAGCUGCUGCAGGCCCCAGUGCUGCCUCUCCAGCUGCUGCCGCCCCAGCUGCUGCCAGCCCACCUGCUCUCGCCCCAGCUACAGUGUGUCCAGCUGCUGCAGGCCCCAGUGCAGCAUCUCCAGCUCCUGUCCCCCUCCCUGCAGCAUCUCCAGCUGCUGCCAGCCCUCUAGCUGUGGCUCCAGCUGCUGCCGCCCCUCCUGCUGCCUGCGCCCAGUCUGUGGCCGGGUCUCCUGCCACACCACUUGCUAUUGCCCCACCUGUGUCAUCUCCACUUGCCCCCGUCCCAUGUGCUGUGGCCAGGAGCCCUGCUGCCGCCCCAGCUGCUGCCAGACCACCUGCUGCAGGACCACCUGCUGCCAACCCAGCUGCUGUGGCUCCAGCUGCUGCCAUCCCCGCUGCUGCCUGCGCCCAGUCUGUGGCCGGGUCUCCUGCCACACCACUUGCUAUCGCCCCACCUGUGUCAUCUCCACCUGCUCCCGUCCCGUGUUUUGCCCCUCCCCUUGCUGCUGA